UGUCCCCGUCCUCUAUAUCCCCAGGAUUGUAAAGAGGAAGAGAAGGAUAUCCCACUGGACCAUCAGCUCCACUGGUCUCUUUGCAGCGGCCGAAGGUUGUUGGGAAAGCCAAAAAUCAGCCGAAACAGGAAAGGUUCUUCCUGUGGGAUUCUUGCAGGAAAGUUAUGGAGGAACAACAAUAAGAUUAGAAGGGCCCGUAUCAGCAUCAGAGAAUGAUGGAUCCAGUAGUAUAAAUCCCCCAGAGAGAUGUCCCCGUCCUCUAUAUCCCCAGGAUUGUAAAGAGGAAGAGGAGGAUAUCCCACUGGACCCUCAGGUCUAUAAUAUGGAAUCCUUACAGGAAAAUGAUGGAAGAAUGAUGAAUGUACUUGAAACCCCCAUAUCAGUGACAGAGAAUGACAAGAUGAGUGCAAAGAGAAAGAGCUAUUCUGUCGAGUACAAGAAAGGAAUCGUGGAGGACUCCGACGGCAAGAAUCUGACCACUUUCUGCAAAGAGAUGAAGUUAGAUCUCCGAAUGGUCCGAAAAUGGCGAGCAGAGUACGGUAACCUCAGUCAGAAGGUGGACGAGGGAAAUGCUAAGAAGCGCAAGUGUGGAUCAGGUCGCCAGCCAUUAUAUCUUGAGCUGGAAGAUGUCAUCUGUGAAUGGAUUGCUGACAAGAGGGCAAAGGCUUUGGUGGUGCGCAGGGCUGAUAUUCAAGCAUUUGCCCUUGAAAUGGCACCACAAUUCGACAUAUCCCCAGAAGAUUUCAAAGCAUCGAACCACUGGCUGGAUGGCUUCCUUAAGCGAUAUGAACUGUCUCUAAGAAGAUCGACAAGACUAUUCAAGCUGGAAGACAAUGAAGUUGUUAAACGUGCACUUGCAUUCAAGUUCUUUAUCGAUGGCAUCGACUUUUCUAAAUACCAACUCUCCAACAUGAUUGCGAUGGAUGAAACUGCAGUCUAUAUGGGCCAAGGAUCUCAAACGACAAUUGAUCAGAGGGGAACCUCCUCAAUCUACGUUCCCUCCACCGGUUAUGAAAGUGCACGUGUUACUUGUGUUUUGGCAAUUCGUCUGGAUGGAACAAAAGCCGCACCUCUAAUUAUCGCAAAGGGCAAGAAAGAUAAGAUUGAACGCGUUUCAGGCAUUUAUGUUCUUGAAACAGAAAAAGCCUGGUGCACUCAAGCAGUUAUAAGAAAGUGGAUCGAUUUAAUGCUGCCACUUGUUCUGAGAGGUGGCCAAAGAGGUCUGCUAGUCUGGGAUUCAGCCAGCACUCACCGCGCAAAAGACAUGAAGAACUUCCUUGCAGAGAGAAGAAUAGAUGAAGUCAUGAUUCCCGCAGGAAUGACUGCUUAUCUCCAAACUCUUGAUAUUGCAAUAAACAAACCAUUCAAGGACCAUUUGCGCACGGAAAUCAAUGAAUACGCUGAAAAUAGAUUGGUCAGAAAUCAGCGUGGAAACUUUGUGAAGCCUAAACUGCUAGAGGUCGUGAGAUGGGUGAAGAAUUCAUGGGAUAAAAUCACUGACCGCUGUGUUGCCAAAGCAUUACGAGCAGGCUACAUGGACAAGAAGUACUCGUUUAAGGAGAGCUAUAUUGCUUUACAUGAGAGAUUAGGCCCAAUGGUUCAAAAGGAAAUGGAGAUGCAAGAAAUUCAGGCUGGAAAUCAGGGUUUGGAGAGUUACGAUGAUAUUCCAGAAGAAGAUGACAUGAUUGUAAUUGAAUAAAUGUUGUUUACGGUAGGGAGAGCUACUGUACCAUAUAUUGCUGUAAAUGAGAGAUUAGGACCAAUGGUUCAAAGGAAAAUGAAGAUGACUAUACCGGUAUUUGAAGAAAUGUUGUUCAAUGUACAUACCAUAAAUAAAUAAGCCCUACCCUGAAAAUAAGCCCUAGUGUAUUUUUUGUGACUAAAAUUACCGUAUUUAUCGGCGUAUAACACGCACUUUUGAAACUUAAAUUUAAGGCAAAAAGGCUGCCUGCGUGUUAUACGCCGAUAAAUCUUCUGGUCACUGAUGUAAAGCGGCCGCAGCAGCGGCUGCUUGUUAAGUAUUAGCAGCACAGCCGCGGCCACUUUAAAUCAGUGACCAGCGGCGUCUCCUCCCCGCUCUGUAAAACUGUCACUUGUUUUCUCCCGCA